AUGUAUUUGUCAUCGUAUUUGUGUAGCGAGAACAAGCACGUGAGUGGACGAACGGACAGUGUUCAAAUUGUUGAUUUGGAUUUUCUCCGGGACGAAAAAAAAAUGAGUAAAGAUUGUGUGGAUUUGGGAUUUUUGGAAAAAUGUGAACCAUGGCUGUUGACGAAUACAUUUUUUCCCAGCAAAGUUGGAGGUCGACCCGCUUGGUUAGACAUCGAAUCCAUUCCAUCGAAUGACAGAUUGAAGUGUGCCGAAUGUGAAAAACAACUAGAUUUCUUGUGCCAAGUGUACGCUCCACGCGAUGAGUAUGAAACUUGUUUCCAUCGAACAAUAUAUGUCUUCAUUUGUCUUGAUCCUCUCUGCUGGAAGCCAAAUUCAUCCAACACCAUCAAAGUGUUUCGAUGUCAAUUACCGAGAGAGAACAAAUACUAUGAAGCGACACCGCCAAAUGAGGAUGAACCAUCGGACGAAAUAAUUGGCUCAGUGAAACUGUGCCAAGUUUGCGGUUGUCGUGGUCCACUAAGUUGUGGUGCUUGUAAAUCGGUGAAUUACUGUAGCAAAGAGCAUCAAAAAAUCGACUGGAGCCUAGGUGAACACAAGGCAUUAUGUGGUGGAAAUAUAAAACCGUCACCGGGUAAUGAAAAACACCAGUAUCUUCUCGAGGAGUUUGACUUAGUUACGGAGCCGGAGGAAGCGAGUGACUCCAAUGAUGCGGAAAAUGAGGAAGAUCAAGAGGCUCGCCGAUUGAAAGACUACGAAGAAUUCGUACGAAAACAGAAAGAACAAGCCACCGACGACACAUUGACCAAUGUGCCCGACGAAGAGUUUGAAAAAUACACAAAUCAAAUUGAUGACGAUAAAGAUUUCCAUCGAUUUAAAAAACGAAUCGCUGCCGAUCCGGAGCAAGUGCUUCGUUUCGAUCGAGGUGGCAAACCAUUGUGGAUAACCAGCAAAAAUCAGCCGGAACUCAGCGCCAUUCCUGCAUGCGACAUUUGCAACGAACCCAGAGUAUUUGAAUUUCAAAUUAUGCCACAGCUAUUGAAUUCGUACAAGGAAUUAAACAUUGACUGGGGCAUCAUAGCCAUUUACACAUGCGAACAGAGUUGCAACACAAAUGGAAAUUAUGUGGAUGAAUACUGUUACAAACAGGACAUUUGUGAAACGGUUGACGAGGAAAAGCAUUGAAAUGAUGAUUUUCAUUUUGCAAAACAUUAUUAUUGUUAAGCUAAUCACAAGACUCAUUUCUUUUUUGUAUCAAUUUGUUAAUUCCAGCCUGUGGUGAUUUAAAACAAAUGCUUAUGCAUUAUCUCUAUCAUUUGAAAUUAUUGAGAAAUCGCUUUUAUCAUGUCACACACGGCAAUUUUGAAAGCCAUUAUUCUCAGAAAUGUUGAUUGCGACACAGUGUUUGCUAUGGAUUUAUCUCAUUGAGAAGUGUGCGUGUGUUUUUUUUAUGAUAUCACUGAAUAGGUGACAUGAAUUCACGUUAAACGGAUCACGAUUGUUAAGAUUGAUAUGUUUUGAGAUUAUCUUCAAGCUACGAAAAUGGGCAAAAGAGGAGGAGAAGAGAGGGAUUUGUAAAUAAAAGAACUAUGAACAAGUCGAAAUCAAAGAAA